AUGUCAUCAACAACAACCGCCGCAGACAAUGUAUCAAGUAAUAAAACUCGUCAAAAAGUAUUAUUAUCAUCACGUGAUUGGGAUACAUUAGUUACUGAUCAAAAUAAACUACGUAAAGAGAAUACAACUUUAUCUAAAGGUGGUGUUUCUGAACGACGAGUAACUACUCGUGCAGGUACACGUAUUGAUCGUAGUCGACAUGGAACACAUCCAAAUUAUGAAACAGAAGGAUCAAGUGAAGAUGAUGAUGAUGAACAAGAAGAUCCAUUAUUAACACGACAAGAUCAAACGGAUUUACCAUCAGAAUAUUGGCAAAUACAACGAUUAGUUAAAUAUUUAAAAGGUGGAAAUCCAACUGCAACUGUUAUUGCAUUAUCUUCUAUUCGAGAUUUUAAUUUAUCAAUGGAUAUAUGUCAAUUAGCUAUACGUGAUGCGAGUGGUUUGGAACUUUUAGUUAAUCUUCUUGAAACAGAUAAUAUUGAUUGUAAGAUCGGUUCAUUAUAUAUUCUUAAAGAAAUUUCAAAUAAUCCAACUAUACGUCGAAAUAUAGCUGAUCUUGGCGGAUUACAAACAAUGAUCACAUUACUUGAUGAACCAGAAAAAGAUUUAAAAUGUCUUGCUGCUGAAACAAUUGCACAUGUUGCGAAAUUUAAACGAGCACGUAAAGUUGUUCGACAAAAUGGUGGAAUUAAACGAUUAGUUGCUCUUUUGGAACAUGCUGCUGUUAAUGGUCAUGGAUCAAGUAAUCGUAUUUCACAUAAUGAUAAUAUAAAAAAUAUUGAAGUUGCUCGUGCUGGUGCAUUAGCUCUUUGGAGUUUAAGUCGAUCGAAUCAUAAUAAACAUGCUAUGGAACGUGCUGGUAUUAUUCCACUUCUAGCUAAAUUACUUAAAAGUUCAAAUGAAAAUAUGUUAAUUCCUAUCGGUGGUAUUAUUGAAGAAUGUGCUACGGAUCAUGUCUAUCGAGUAGCAAUACGAGAAAUGGUUCCUGAUCUUGUCAAAAAUCUUUUAAGUUCGAAUGCUGAAUUACAAAAACAUUGUGCUAGUGCUAUUUUUAAGUGUGCAGAAGAUGAACAAAUACGUGAUUUGGUAAGAAAACAUAUGGGACUUCGUCCUUUACAUGAUCUUUUACAACAACUGGAUAAUAAAGCUUUAUUAGCAGCAGUCAUCGGUGCGAUUUGGAAAUGUGCUAUAUCUCCUAAAAAUAUUGCAGAAUUUCAAAAAUUUCGAACACUUGAUGUACUUGUACAAUUACUUAAUAAUCAACCUGAAGAAGUUUUAGUUAAUGUUGUUGGCGCAAUAGCUGAAUGUGCUAAAGAAGCAGAAAAUCGAACAUUAAUUCGUAAAGCUAAUGGAAUAUCAUCAUUAGUUAAUUUAUUAACAGGAACAAAUCAAGGUUUAUUAGUAAAUACUUGUCAUGCAUUACGACAAAUUAGCGAAGAACCUGAAAGCAUUGCAAUGAUUGAUCGUUUAGAUGGUGUUCGAUUAUUGUGGUCACUUCUUAAAAAUCAAAAUCCACGUGUGCAAGCUGCAGCAUCGUGGGCUAUAUCACCAUGUGUAAAAAAUAUCAAAGAUUCAGGUGAAAUGGUACGAAGUUUUGUAGGUGGUCUUGAAUUAAUUGUAUCCCUAUUAAAAUCUAAAGAUGUUGAAGUGUUAGCAAGUGUUUGUGCUGCUAUAGCUGAAAUAGCAAGAGAUGAAGAAAAUUUAGCUGUUAUAACUGAUCAUGGUGUUGUUAAACUUCUUUCAAAUUUAGUUACACGAACUGAAGAUAUAGUUCGUCGUUAUUUAGCUGAAGCUAUAGCUGAAUGUUGUAAAUGGGGAAAUAAUCGACAAGCAUUUGGUGAUAAUCAAGCUGUAGCACCACUUGUUAAAUAUCUUAAAUCAACUGAUCCUAAUGUUCAUCAAUCAACAGCCAAAGCAUUACAUCAAUUAUCGAAAAAUCCAAUGAAUUGUGUUACAAUGCAUGAAGCUGGUGUUGUUCGAUUAUUAAUAGAAAUGGUUGGUUCAAGAGAUGAAAUUCUCCAAGAAAAUGCAGCUAUUUGUAUUUCAUAUAUUCGACGAUUAGCAUUGGCAAAUGAAAAAUCAAGAAAUGGUUGA